GCCUCAGUGAUAUCUUGAGACGCCGCGCCGACUACACGAAAGAGGCGCGAAGUGAUGUGAAGUAACAUUAAAAAAAAAAUUAAGCAGUAAUAAAAUUAUUAUAUUAAAAAAUUUAUUUAAAAUAAUUGUAAUACAAAAAGUCUGGAGUAUUUUUGUUUUACUUUGGAUAAUAUUAGUAUUGUUGCAUAAAUAAACGAAGAUAAUGGCGUUGAAGCAGAUAUCGAUACAGCGCGAGUAUGAGAAGAACCCGGAGAUCAGCCCUGAGGACAUCGGGCAGCUGCGCGAGUGGCUCGCCACCCAGCCACACCUACCCGGGGAGCUCUUGACAGAUUUAGACCUCUUGCUGGUGUACCACUGCUGCGAGCGGAGCAUGCAGGUGUCGAAGCAAGUCCUGGACCUACACUACACCCUCAGGACCAUGUUCACGCAAUUCUUCCACAACAGGAGCGUUGACAAGAAAAUUGAGUUCACUUUGGACACUGUAUUAAUUUGCCCCCUACCGACGCGGUCUACAGACGGGAACAAAGUGAUAUACGCGAGGUUGCUGGACAACGACCCGCGAAACUUCUUCUUCCCGGACAUCGCGAGGGCGUUCAUGAUGAUCUUCGACCUUCUCCAGUACGAGGAAGGCACGUGGCCAGGAUUGGUGUUAAUUAUAGACAUGGACCAGUCGGUGCUCGCCCAUCUCGGCAGGCUUGAGCUGAUGGUGCUAAAGAAAGUGUUGUAUUUCGUUCAGGAGUGCAUGCUGGUGAAGUUAAAACAAAUCUGCUUCAUAAACGCGCCGCCAUUCGUGGACAAGUUGAUGAUGCUGAUUCGGCCGUUAAUCAACAAGACGCUGAUGGACAUCAUCAAGAUACACCCCGUGGGCACCGACACCAUGUACAAGACUGUGCCGAGGGCCGCCUUCCCCAAGGAGAGCGGCGGGGAGUACAAGAGUUAUAAUAAGAUUAAAGAAGAGCAGCUGGACCGGCUGAAGUCCAACCAGGACUUCUUCCAGCAGGAGAAUAAGCGCCGCGUGUCGGAGCCGCUGCGGCCCGGCGCCAGGCCCAACAACGUCGACAACAUCUUCGGCAUACAAGGCAGCUUCAAGAAACUUGAUAUAGAUUGAGGAUGUGGGGAAUAUAAUAUUAAUUCAU